AUGGAGACUGUGCGUUAUUGCCAAGCAAAACUUAUUGACAUGGAAGACAGAGCGCGGAGAGAUCUGCUCAUUCUGAACCUCAAGGAGGUAGUCGAAGGCUCAAACGCUUUGAGUUACUUGACUGGAAAACUCACCGAGUGGUUCCCUGCCUUUGCCAACGCCUGCCCGGAGCUGAUGAGGUGUCACCGGCUUGGUCGAACACCAGAGCCCCGUACGGAUGGCAAGCCCCGGCGUCCCCGCCCGCUCAUCGAAGAAGCUGCUGCAGUGCUGACGCCAGUGAAGAAAAAAAUAAAAAAUGUGGGAAUCUUCUUAAAGAAUGAUGAUGAGGAGGACGAAGAAGAAGACGGGGACGAUGCAGAGGAGCUGUUGGGGAAAGGAGCUCGAAGUGCAGCGCUGCUCGCCGACAGGACCAGGAAUGAGAUGACAGCAGAGGAGAAGAGGCGAGCGCAUCAGAAGGAGCUGGCCAACAGUUUGAACGAAGAGGCUAAACGCAGACUGACGGAGCAGAAAGGAGGGCAGCAGAUACAGAAAGCCCGAAAGUCAAAUGUUUCGUACAAAAACGUGUCACAGAUGCCUCGAGAAAAGGACAUCAGAGAAAUGAAAAUUUUUAUUGACAAAAAGUACGAGACUGUGGUGAUGCCGGUGUUUGGGACCGCUACACCAUUCCACAUCGCAACCAUCAAGAACAUCAGUAUGUCAGUAGAGGGCGACUACACAUAUCUGAGGAUAAACUUCUACGUCCCCGGCAGCUCUCUGGGACGACAUGAAGGAAACAUCUUCCCAAACCCUGAGGCCACCUUUGUCAAAGAGAUUACAUACAGAGCCUCGAACCUCAAAGCCCCGGGAGAGCUGUCGGUGCCCUCGGUGAACUUGCAGAAUGCCUUCCGAAUCAUCAAAGAGGUGCAGAAGCGAUACAAGACACGAGAGGCAGAGGAAAAGGAGAAGGAAGGCAUCGUGAAGCAGGACUCGCUGGUCAUCAACCUAAACCGCAGUAACCCCAAACUCAAAGACCUGUACAUCCGACCAAACAUCGCACAGAAGAGGAUGCAGGGUUCUCUGGAGGCGCACACAAACGGUCACUCUCUGCGCCGCAGAUACAAUAGCUGUGAAAAGCCCUUGCUCACCUCCUACGGCGAAGAACAACGCUGCUCAGACAGGCGGGUUUUGUGCCGCCGCCAAACCUCACGCACCGUGAACCCACAACCACAGCCUCAGAACCACAGCCUCAGAACCAACAGCCUCAACCCACAGCCUCAAACCACAGGCCUCAAACCAGCAGCCUCAGAACCACAGCCCACAGAACCACAGCCUCAGAACCGCAGCCUCAGAAACCACAGCCUCAGAACCACAGCCUCAGAACCACAGCCCAGAACCACAGCCUCAGAACCACAGCCUCAGAUCCACAGCCUCAGAACCACUGCCAUCAGAACCACAGCCGCUGAACCGCAGCCUCAGAACCACAAGCCUCAAAUCCAUUACUAUUCUGCACCUUGA